UAUGGCAGUGGGAGGGAAUCAGCUGGUAACAGAUACUCCGUACCUGACCUCGUCACUUCCACUUUCGCUUCGCUUCACCAACUAAACUACAACCUCACCCACCACUACCAGUCAUGGAUAGAAUCCUCUACAAUUACAGUUACACACUUCCGGCAGUUUGGCAUUUGA